AAUGCGAGCUCUGUUCCAUCUCUUCCUGCUGCUCCUGCCGUGUCUUCUUUUCCUCGAAGAAGCACGUGCGGCGCGGCAUGGAGGAAUCUCACUCAGGUCCCAACACAUUGCCCUCCUUCACUGGAAAGCUAGUCUUGCGAGCCCGCCACUGCAGAUGAUCUCUUGGCAGGAGAAUACCAUCCCCUGUAACUGGACGGGCAUCAUGUGCAUGGCUAUUCGCCAUGGUCGUCGCAUGCUUUGGGUCGUGAGCAACAUCACCCUGCCAAAUGCUGGCAUCCAUGGCCAGCUUGGUGAGCUCAACUUCUCGGCUCUUCCAUUCCUCGCAUAUAUCGACCUUCAUAACAAUAGUCUCCAUGGCGCACUACCAGCUAGUAUCAGCUCCCUGUCGGUACUUUUAGAACUCAACCUUGAGCAGAACCAGCUCACAGGGGAAAUUCCUUGUCAGAUUGGUGACCUACAAAGUCUCAAGCUGCUUGAUCUCUCAUUUAAUAGACUCACAGGACAUAUCCCUUUGUCCCUGGGUAACCUAACAAGGCUAACUCAACUUGGCAUUCACCAAAACAUGGUAUCAGGCCCCAUUCCUCAAGAGAUUGGAAGGCUUGUGAACCUACAAGUUCUACAAAUAAGCAACAGCAGCUUAACCGGGUUGAUACCGAAAACCAUUGGAAAUUUGACCAAACUAAAUAUUCUAUACCUGUUUGGUAAUCAACUUUUAGGGCCUAUACCCCAAGAACUAGGCAGGCUAGUCCAUUUGCAAGAACUUGAGCUUAAUUCAAAUGAUUUUUCAGGUUCAAUUCCAGUCUCCAUAACCAAUCUCACUAAGAUGAACACACUUUUUCUCUAUGAUAAUCAAAUCACAGGUUCCACCCCCCCCCCCCCCCCCCCCCCGACAAUAGGAAAUCUUAAUAUGCUGAAUAUAUUUUGUCUCUAUAGAAAUCAAAUCGCAGGUUCAAUACCCCCAGGACUAGGGAACCUCACUAAACUAAAUCAGCUUUUUCUCUAUACAAAUCAAAUCACGGGCCCAAUGCCUUCGGAAGUUGGCGGCUUGCUAAACCUCGAAGGAUUAUACUUAUCCGAGAACCAAAUAUCUGGUUCUCUUCCUCACAGCUUAGGAAAUAUUACCAAGCUACUAGCAUUAUCCAUCUCUGACAAUCAAAUAACCCGUUCCAUUCCCCAAGAAAUUGGCAAUCUGAUGAACCUCAAGUAUUUAGGCUUGUAUCUUAACCAAAUUUCGGGAUCAAUACCAAAAACUUUUGGGAAGUUGCAAAGCAUCCAAGAAUUGCAACUCUUUGAUAACAAUCUAUCCGGUCCUCUUCCUCAAGAAAUAGGACAUCUCACAAGCCUUGUUAAACUUGGGUUAUCUAACAACACAAUUUCAGGAUCUUUGCCGGAACAUAUAUGCUCAAGUCGAAGACUUCAGUUUCUUGGCAUAUCUAAUAAUAUGUUCAAUGGCCUAAUUCCAAAGAGUUUAAAGACAUGUACGAGUUUAGUUGAAAUCGACCUUCAGCGGAACCAACUAACAGGAGAUUUAUCUCAGCAUUUUGGUGUGUACCCACAACUAAAAGGCAUGCGCUUGGCGUCGAAUAGACUCUCUGGGAAAAUCUCACCAAAUCUAGCUGCAUGUAUCCAACUAACGGUACUACUUCUAUCACAAAAUAUGAUCACGGGUUCCAUACCUCCAGUCCUUUCUAAGUUGUCCAACCUAGAAGAACUAACACUUGAUUCUAAUCAUCUCAGCGGUGAGAUUCCAGCAGAAAUCGGCACUUUAGGAAAUCUAUAUAUAUUGAACCUAUCAUCCAACAAACUAUCUGGAUCCAUACCCAUACAGAUACAAAAGCUAAGCAAUCUGGGAUACCUUGAUAUAUCUGGGAAUAGACUGGGUGGAUUAAUACCCGAGGAAUUAGGGGGCUGCAUGAAACUACAAUCCUUGAAGAUGAACGACAACAACUUCCGUGGAAGUUUGCCUGGUGCGAUUGGAAAUUUAGCAGGUCUGCAGAUCAUGCUAGAUGUGAGCAAAAAUAACCUCAGUGGUGUGUUACCGCAGCAACUUGGGAAGUUGGAGAUGCUAGAGUUUCUGAAUUUAUCGCAUAACCAGUUCAGGGGCAGCAUCCCAUCAUCCUUUUCAACCAUGCUGAGCCUUUCAACAGUCGAUGUGUCCUACAAUGACUUGGAAGGACCAAUCCCAACAACAAGGUUACUCCAAAAUGCUUCAGCAAGUUGGUUUAUUCCCAAUAAAGGUAUGUGUGGCUACCUCUAUGGCCUGGCACCUUGUUAUUCAACUCCAGUAGCUGGUCACCAUAAACGAAAGACACUUGAUUUGCUCUUGCCAAUUGUUCUGGUGGCGGUUUUCUGCAUUGUUGCUGCAAUUGUUGUUAUAAUAAUGCUUAGUCAUAACAAGAGAAAACCACAAGAAAGUGUAAAUGUUGAAGGAAGGGACCUAUUCUCAGUUUGGAAUUUUGAUGGAAGAUUAGCAUUUGACGAUAUUGUAAGGGCAACAGAUGACUUCAAUGAUAAGUACAUUGUUGGAAGAGGAGGAUACGGGAAAGUCUAUAAGGCACAACUCCAAGACGGGCAGAUAGUUGCUGUGAAGAAGCUGCAUCAGAGCGAAGAGCAGUUGAAUGACGAUAGAAGAUUUCACAAUGAAAUGGAAAUCUUAUCACAGAUUCGACAACGAAGCAUUGUCAAAAUGUACGGAUUCUGCUCCCAUUCAGCGUAUAAAUUUCUUGUCUAUGACUACAUUCAGCACGGAAGCCUCCACAUGACAUUGGAAAAUGACGAAGUUGCAAAGGAAUUAGAUUGGCAAAAGAGAAUUGCUCUUGCAAAUUAUGUGGCUCAGGCAAUAUCUUAUUUGCACCAUGAAUGCAGUCCACCUAUAAUCCAUCGAGAUAUCACGAGCAACAACAUCUUACUUGAUACAACCUUCAAGGCUUUUGUCUCAGAUUUUGGCACAGCAAGGAUUCUUAAGCCCGAUUCAUCAAACUGGACCGAACUAGCAGGAACAUAUGGCUACAUAGCUCCUGAACUGGCGUACACGUUUGUUGUGACAGAGAAAUGUGACGUCUAUAGCUUUGGUGUGGUUGCGCUAGAGCUAGUGAUGGGCAAGCACCCAAGGGACCUAUUAAAUGGUAUGUCAAGCGUGGAACAAGCUAUGUUGGUGAAAGAUAUUCUGGACCAACGACCAACACCACCAACAACAACAGAAAAUAAAAGCUUAGCUCUGCUCAUCAAGCUGGCCUUUUCUUGCUUGGAAUCUUCUCCACUAGCAAGGCCAACCAUGCAGGAGGCAUACCAAACACUCAUCCAGUGAUCCUCUCCUAGUUCAUGUCCUGUGUAUUAAAUAAAUCUAGCACCUUGUCCAGUCAAUUGUUGAUUUCCUUUUCUGGUUUUGAAAUAAUGGUCGAUAUGGUUGACACGAGUUGUGUGAUCACCAUGUCAUAGUGAGGACCGCUCCAUGAGUUUGUUCGUGCGGUGUCUAAGUCUUGCGUCGCCUUGAGCUGCGCAUGCA